UGUCAUGUCAACCAAAAAUAAAAUACCAAAAAAGCUAAAUGAAUGUCCUCGAUUCCUCGAUUUUGCGUACCUAUUUGAAUGGUAUAAUUUGUGUUUUCUUGUGAAGUUAGUGUAUUGAUUUUCGAAGGCAAAUAAACUUUAUACUACAUUGAUCAUGAAUAUAUCAAUUGAAAAGAAACGUUCAGAGUGUCCUGCACUGCCUAAAGGCUGGCAAAGGGAAGAAGUUUUGAGAAAAACUGGCUUGUCUGCAGGGAAGGUUGAUGUAUACUACUAUAGCCCUACAGGUAAAAAGUUUCGCAGUAAGCCUGAGCUAGUCCGUUAUCUGGGUGAUAGUAUGGACCUAUCGUGUUUCGACUUCCAACAGGGUCAGAUAAACACUAUGUUGCUGUGCAAGGCCAAGAAAGCGCGAGCGCAGUUUGACUACAGAGGUGUCCGUUCUGACGCGUCGCUGGUGCCACCUAUCCGUCAAACAGCUUCGAUUUUCAAACAGCCGGUAACCGUAUAUAAGACGCAGGAGAGCAUGGUUAAGACGGAUUUGAAGCACGGCACUACGGAAAAACCGAAACAGCUGUUUUGGGAGAAAAGAUUGGAGGGUCUAACAGCGUGCGAUGCCAACGGAGUGAUCGGUACGACCUCGCUGCCGAAGUACAUCAAGCCACUGGGCCCCUACAACUCUGACGCUACCACCAUACAAUCUCUGGCCACUGCCCUGCACGUCUCAUCACAGCCCAUUACAGGCCAAACCGGUUCGAAGCAGGCGAUCCUGGAGAACCCGGGUGUUUUUUUAAACCCUGAGCAGCCGCUGAUAGCGGCCGUCACCAUCAGCAAGGAGGAUGUUCGCCGUCAAGAGGAGCGCGUUAAGCGCGCGCGUGCGCGGCUGCAGGAGGCGCUAGCGGCCGCGUAGCAGCCCGCCGGCGCGGCCGCCGCCGCCCCCGCCGCGCCGCCCCCCGACCAGUCGCACCGCGCCGCCGCCGCCGCCGCCGCCGCCGCCGUCCUCCGCGAGCCCGAGCCCGCGCUAGUGCACUCCACCACAGACUAGCGCUGCGCGCCUACAUGCCUAGUGCUUGCACACGCCGCCCGUAGCUCCAACGAGUAAUUAAGGAUGGCCAGCAAAAAACUAAACUUUCGACGAUAAAUACCAUUGUCGUUAGUUAGACAGACACUUAUGAACACAGACAGAACAUCCUCCAGACUGAGCAUAGUCGCGCUACCCCUUCUGCCAUGCAUACAGUAAUUUUACUCCAUAUUCGAGUCGAAAGUGUCUUUGUGUGACAUCAGUCUCUUUGAGCGGACCAAUCACGGCACGGGAUUUCGCUUGCCUCGUCUCGCGCACCCCCGCAUUUUUGGCAUCAUCGGUUGCAUGAAAUAAUUGCUCUAAACUCGGUCUAGAGGAUUCCUAGUCUAUGCUUAUGAAUAAGGGCAUCUUGUGUCCGUAUCUUACGUCAAUCGUAUAGACAUGUAUGUGCGCCACAGACUCAAAAAUUCCACUGGCGGAACAUGAUAUUCACAAAUGCAUGCGAAGCGUGUUUGUAUACAGGCGGGAGAACGUCGAGCUUUAUUUUAAUAUUUCAUUAGUUAUAUGACAAAUGUAUGUGAAUAUUUAUUAGUUAGUUUUAGGUGUCGAUAACACCUCAUUUUACGUCUUUCUAAUAAUAACAAUUGUAUUAAAUAAGGAAAGUAGCAAUAAAAGUUUUAUAAUAUGUAAA